GAAGAUAUUUCAAUCAGUAAUAGAUGAAAGGAAGGUGAUGAAUAUGAAGGAUGAAUCAAGAUCAAAGGGCAAUAUGGUUGAUUUGAUUAUGGCCAUUGAAGACGACGAAGGAAGGAGAUUAAACGAUGAGGAGAUCAUCGACUUGUUAAUCGUUUACGUGUUUGCAGGUCAUGAAACUACUGCUCAUACUGCAGCAUGGGCAAUUAUGUUCUUAGAACAACAUCCUGAGUUCUUACAAAAAGCAAAGGAGGAACAAGAGGAAAUUGUUAAGAGAAGGCUGCCUGAUUCGGAUAAAAAACUUAGCUACGAUGAGAUUAGACAGAUGAAAUAUCUAACCAAGGUUUGUUAA